CAGCCCCACGUGCCCGGGCGGCGGGGUGUCGGCGGGAGCCAGCCCACCCACGCAGGGCUGCUCACAGUGGGGCACCCCAUUUCACCCCCCCCCCCCCACCGGCAGCACCUUCCAUCCCCGGGCUGGGACAUAAGGGCUGCGGUGGGGCCAAGCCGUGUGCGGGUGCCAGCCAGAGUGGUGAUGGAGUGGGACAAGGGGGCCACCACCACCAUGGUGGCUGGUGGUGGUGGUGGGGGGGGCACAGCCCCAUCCCUGCUCCCCCAGGAUGCCAGAACCCACCAAAAAGCCAUCCCAAUCCCUGUCCCCAUCCCUGCGGUGCCAGAGCCCUGUGUGGCUUUGGCUUCAUCUUCCUCUUCCUCACCUGUGCCCUACCUGGCAGGGGUGAUGGUCAGCUGAGGCUGCUGGCCCCUCCCUGGGCUGGGCACGGAUAUAUAAGCCCGGGGCAGGGCAGAGGGUGUCAAAGGGAGCCGGGAGCUGUUGGCAGGCACGGCAGCGACAGCAGCAGCGAUGGCAACGCUCUACCCCUCCUUGGAGGACAUGAAGGGCCACCAGAUCUUGCAGGCGCAGGCAGCCGCUGGGGUGAGGACCCCCCCCACGACGGUGGUCACGGAGAAGCCAAAGCUCGUCUCGGGCACCAGUGGCGCAGCGCCGCCCGUGCUGUACCCCAACCUGGCCGAGCUGGAGAACUACAUGGGGCUUGCUCUCUCCAGCGCAGAGAUCCAGAAGAACCUGCUCCCCGAAAGCAGCACCGCACUGACCCCCAGCGGGCCCCCCCCGGUUGCCCCCUUGAGUGGGAACAACGCGGGGCUGCGCCGGGCAGAGAUCAAGCCGGGGGUGCGGGAGAUUCACCUCUGCAAGGACGAGAGGGGCAAGACGGGGCUGCAGCUGAAAAACGUCGACCAGGGCAUCUUCGUGCAGCUGGUGAAGGCCAACUCACCGGCGGCGCUGGUGGGGCUGCGCUUCGGUGACCAGAUCCUGCAGAUCGACGGCAAGAACUGCGCGGGCUGGAGCAGCGACAAGGCGCAGCGGGCGCUGAAGAAGGCGUCCCCGGAGAAAAUCGUCAUGGUGGUGCGGGACAGACCUUUCCAGCGCACCGUCACCCUGCACAAGGACAGCACCGGCCACAUCGGCGUCGUGGUCAAGAAGGGGAAAAUCGUGUCGCUGGCCAAGGACGGCUCUGCCGCCCGCAACGGCCUCCUCACCCACCACUGCAUCUGCGAGGUGAACGGCCAGAACGUCAUCGGCAUGAAGGAUAAGCAGCUCACGGAGGUGCUGGCGGGGGCCGGGAACGUGGUCACGCUGACCAUCAUCCCCACCGUGAUCUACGAGCACAUGGUCAAACGGCUCUCGGCAGGGCUGGUGAAAUCGGCCAUGGACCACUCCAUCCCCGACCUCUGACGCGGCCGCUGCCGUCCCGAGGCGGGGGGCUGGCACUGGAAACUCGGAGGGGCAUCCCCAAAAGAAGCUUUUUCAGCACCAAAACUCCCUCCUCCCCGCAGAGGCCGGGGGCUGCUGAAGGUACCCCUGCAGCAUCCCCAAAAGAAGCUUUUUUUUGCACCAAAACUCCCUCCUCCCCGCAGAGGCCGGGGGCUGCUGGGCGGCGCGGGGGAACCGCUGCCCUUGGGGUGUCCUCUCCCCCUCAUCAGCAGGGACGGGGCACAUGCCUCCCCCUGUCCUGGGGUCCCCGUGUCCCCCCCCUCGGGGCAGACGCCAAAGGCUGGCUCCAGCCAAAGCAGACACGGACCCAGCGACGUUUAUUACAUCCACCACAGACAGCGAGUACAGGACAGGGGAAACAAGAAAAAGGGGGGGGGGGGGGGGGGGGGAAGGUGUUGUUACAGCUUUUUCAGUUCUGUAUUUUAAAAAAUAUAUUAUAUAGAUUUGUCUUUCAAAUAUAAUCGUUACAUUUAUUUCUUGGCAAAGCUUUGGAUAGUCUAACAGACGUGUACACAGAUCCACAAAUACAUUGCACAAGAGGCGUAUAUCCUAGCUCCGCUUACAUCAGCCGCCCCGGCUGCUUUGCCACCUUUUCUCCCCAAAUAUUUCACCAGCGGCUGCCGCUGCCCCGCGCCCCGGCCGGGGGACACGGCGUGUGCCCGCACCGGUGGAUCCCGGCUCCCGGGGCACCCCACCGGCAGCACCCACGGGUGGUGGAGUGGGGUUUGGGGAGUGGGGGGGGGGAAAACACUGUUAGUUCAAGUCACGAAGAAGCCACAGACAUUCAUGGGGGUGGGAGCACGGCGCGCCCGGGGGAGCCCCGAGUCUCACGCCUCGCCAGCCCCCGCUGAGCAAUCCUUGCUGUCUUUGCUUUUCAAAUAAAUAAAUAAAAUAAAAAUUAAAAAAAAAA